AACGUCAAGUGCUCGAAAGAGUGAAGCCGGAAUUAGAAAUCUCGCGCGAGCGAAAGCGGUCAGUCUGCCUGGCAUAUGCAUCCCGAGCCUCGCAUUCAAAUUUCUUCGGUAUCGCAGACGUAUCGAGGAGCUGGAGUAUGAUGUGGCUGAGCUACGAGCUCUGCUACAACAACACGGCCGUCAUUUUGAGGCCCAAGCCGAUAGGAUCGAGGAGCCAGCCCAGCCGACCGCCCACACGAUGUCACCGAUGACACCGAACAGCUUCGCCUUCCAAACGCCCUCCUCAAAACGUCGCAGAUCAUCUUCGCCACCACCCAAGAUAUCAGCAACUCAGGCUGGGCCAUCGUUCGCGUCAAGCCCCCAAUCAGUGAGCCAGCACCUCCAGACGCUUACGCCGCAACCGCCUGCUCAGCAAUCCGAAUCAGGCGCCGCGAAGCUACGCAGCCGAUUCGCGCACACGUCGUCUUCGUCGAGGCCCCCUAGCGGGACUGUCGCGAGUCAGGCCCCCGCGCUCUUCCAAGGCGCGAACUCGAGCACUCUGCUGAUGGGACCACCUCGCUUUUCACGAAAAGAAUUUGCUGAGCAAUUUGGACAAGACUCAUCUCGUGACUCUCAGUACCAAGCGAACAUCGCGCUAGCGGCUGCCGGUUCUUCCACUCCAGCGCAUCACGGCACACCUCGCCACUUGCGAAGGAACCAUCUAGAGGAGCAUUCAGCGCGAGCAUUAAUCUCUCGACCGUCUCCGCUAUCUGGUGACAUCUCUGCCGGGACCUUCGCCUCGGCGGAAAGAGAGGCCGUUGGCCGUAGCACGCCAUCCACACCCCAUCGUCCUUCAAAUGCAAGCGGUCACCUGCUGACACCGAGAAGCAGCGCAAAUAGCAAUCGCGCUCCUUUCAUCCCCAAGUCUAGCUUUCGUUGACUGUCAAGAUCAUGCCAGGAGGGAUAUCCGUCUUGAUCGAGAGGCCCAAUUUUCGUUGAAUUUUA